GGAAAAUAGCGCCAAGCACCCAAAAAAGGCCAGUCGCACGGGGUCCCGAGCUCCAUUUGGAAGGGAGUACCUAAGCGAUAGAGCACGGCGGGGGCGCAGCACGUUGGGAAUCUAGCACUGCAGGGGCGCAACACCGCUAGGACAGCACCAGACAGAGCGCCAAACCGGGUGAAGCUCAGAGCCCUCCGUCAUGGCGGAUGGAGAUUAUGAUUACCUCAUCAAGUUCUUGGCCUUGGGAGACUCUGGGGUAGGGAAGACCAGUGUACUUUACCAGUACACGGAUGGGAAGUUCAACUCCAAGUUCAUCACCACAGUGGGCAUCGAUUUCAGGGAAAAGAGAGUGGUGUACAGAGCUAAUGGACCGGAUGGAGCCGUGGGCCGAGGCCAGAGAAUCCACCUGCAGUUAUGGGACACGGCGGGGCAGGAAAGGUUUCGUAGCUUGACCACUGCAUUCUUCAGGGACGCUAUGGGUUUCCUGCUUCUGUUCGACCUGACAAAUGAGCAAAGUUUCCUCAAUGUCCGAAACUGGAUAAGCCAGCUACAGAUGCACGCAUACUGCGAAAACCCAGAUAUAGUGCUGUGUGGAAAUAAGAGUGACCUGGAAGACCAGAGGGCUGUGAAAGAGGAAGAAGCCAGGGAACUUGCAGAGAAGUAUGGAAUCCCCUAUUUUGAAACCAGUGCUGCCAACGGGACAAAUAUAAGCCAAGCAAUUGAGAUGCUCCUGGACCUGAUCAUGAAGCGGAUGGAGCGGUGUGUGGACAAGUCCUGGAUUCCAGAGGGAGUGGUACGGUCCAAUGGCCAUACCUCUGCAGAUCAACUAAGUGGGGAGAAGGAGAAGGGGCUCUGUGGCUGUUGAGACACCAAGUGAGCACCUUGGCAGCAGCCCAUGACCCCUGCCAGCUCUGCUGUGAGACCAAGCCGGCACGGUGAGACGAGUGAACAGCACAUCGUAUGCCAAGUGCCUCUCCUCACCGCCAGUAGAAUUGACUCAGCAGCCAUUUGUAACUUGUUGCAGCUUUAUACGACUUAGUCCAUGAAUUGGGGGAACUAUUUCACAGAGCCAAAAGUGUCUUAUAAAAGCCCAUGGUGGCAGGUCAUUUAGGGGUCCAAGAUUUCAGCCAUGAAAGAUGUCAUCUGUUAUGUAGAAUGCUGACGGUCCGGUCGCCUGCCUUAACACAGUCACCUGCCUCAACACAGACAGCCCUAGAGUCUCAUCGAAGACAUUAAGAUGUUUGAGCAAGCUAGCAUGCUCUUGGGAAUCCAGAUUUCAAAAUCCAUACUGUAGAAUAUCACUCUCAAACACGUGAAUGUUAAUAAGUGUGUACACAUGGAUCAAUGUCUUACAGCAUUGCUUUUAACUUAGCCUUCCCUUUGACAUGAGGAUAAACAGAUGGCGGCCAUAUCUAUAGACUCUGAAUAGACUGGAUUGACUCACUGUGAGUUUGGUGGUGGUGGGAAGGGUUUGUGGAGCAGGGGUGGGUAAAGUAGGGAUCAAGUUUAGUCAGAUUGCCUGGCUCUUAGCCAAGGGGCCAUGGAGACCCUUGUGUUUAUCCGUGGCCUUUUGGUUCAGUCUUCAUCUGAAUACUGCUCAUGCUUCUCCUGUAUGUAUGUUUGUAUGUAUGUAUGGUCCCUUCAUAUGUAUGUUUGGUCUGGCACCUCAGGCUCUGCUUUCACUUGUCUGGAGACAGCUAAUCUGACUUUUCUAUCAAGCUUUGGUGGUGGUGGGGGUUUCCCAGUUUGUUUUUCCCCCCAUUGGUGUAACUGAAGGAAUCUCUUUUUAAUUAAACAGCAUGCUUAUUUGCUAUCUAGAGGGCGACCAGUGUCUGUAUUUAAGCAGUCACAUGUGUAUGUCAGUUUAAGAGAAGUGUUUUGUAGUCUGUAGCUUUCACUGGGAAUGUGGGCACUGAUGUUUUUUUGACAGUAGAAAGGAAAAUACAUACAUACUUUGCAUGGUAGUUUCAAGUGGCUUUUCUAUUUUGUUGUUUGUUUGCUUGUUUGUUUUUGUUGUUUUUUGUUUUGAGACAGGGUCUAAUGUAGUUUCUGACCGGCCUGAAACUCCCUUUGUAGACCUUGCUGGCCUGCCUCAAACUCACAGAGAUCAGCCCCCUGUUUCAGCCCCCUAAAUGCUGGGAUUAAAGUGUGGUCCUCACCUGGCUCUCGGAAGACUUUUAAACGUUGAACGCCUCGCAUUUAUGGUCCUUCGACCACUCCUCAGAAGAAAUAGCCAUGACUGUUGUGGGAAAGUAAGAAGAAUGAAUGUAGAACCAGCACUCUCCUGCACUUGUGCCUCUGCUCCGGCAGCCUGGUUGGCCAUGCACUGGUGGGCAAUGGCUGACCUGUUUUUAUCUCUUGGAGAUUGGCUCUGAACUCCACAAUCUCUCCAUCCAGCUUGUUAGGUUUCCCACUGGCGAGUCACUACCAUGCCAACUCCAUGCUUCAAAUCCCCCACGGCCUUUAUGGAGGACCUCAGGCAAACCCUUGCUUGACCACUGUACCUUUCUCUCUUGUACUCAGAGGAGCCACCUCGUGAAGGAAAACACAACACAAACUUAGUUCAGAAACAACGGUAACUCAAUAUCUGGGCGCAACAACUAAAACCUAAUCUUGUAAGCCUUACUUAAAUCUGAUUCCUCUGGUGGCGAACCCAGAAGUCCCACCUACUCACCCAGUGAUUAGCUCCUUUAUUCCUUAGGUGACUGGUUCACAAGAACAGCACCAGGCCCAUCCACAACACCUGGCAACUCAGCUUUUUCUGUCCUUGAAAUAAGGGAUUCUUGGAAACACUGAAGUUGUGCCAGGCGGUGGUGACGCAUGCCUUUAGUCCCAGCACUUGGGAGACAGAGGCAGGCGGAUUUCUGAGUUUGAGGCCAGCCUGGUCUACAGAGUGAGUUCCAGGACAGCCAGGGCCACACAGAGAAACCCUGUCUUGAAAAAAACAAAACAAAACAACAACAAAAAAAACAACUUAAGUUGUCACUGAGGCCUUUACAUCUGAAUCCUAUAUACCCGAAACAUGCAGCCCAUCCCAGCCGUGCCUUCCAAUGUCGCUCUAAGACUUCAGUGGAGGGUAUCGCUGUCAGGGGACAGUUCUUAAUGUCUCUUUUGUAAAUACAAAAAAGUCAAUAUGCCAGGGGUUGGUGGUGCACUCCUUUAAUCUCCUGCACUUAGGAGGCAGAGGCAGGCAGUGAGUUUGAAGUCAGGUUAGUCUAUAGAGUGAGUUUCGGGACAGCCAGAGCCACAUAGUGAAAUCCUGUUUCAAAAACCAAACACACAAAAGUUAAUAUUUGCAUGGUGCAGGUUUUGAGAAGUAGACCCACAGUCAGAUUCCACUUCUGUUGGCUCCACACCAGGCACGGGGCUUAAUGUGUGUGAUAGUUGCCCAACCCAAGAACUGCCUUGAAUUGUUAAAUCAAAACAAAACUGAAUUCUCUUUGAAAAUGGUUUAAAUUUGAUAAAAAAAAAAUAACCAUACUUUUUGUCACUGUAUUUUUCUAUUUACAGAUUUGUGUAAAAGCAAAUGCUCUUCAGUGAACUUUGUGCCAAUUAAACUGUAAUAAUAAUAAAUAAUAAAAGAAGUCCAGUA